UUUCCCACUCGGGUAAAGGGUUUAGAGCAGUUGGGGCUAACUUCCGCUCGGUGCUUGUGUCAGUUUAGAUUAAGUAGCCCUUCGUUUCCCUCAGCCGACAUCAUGUCCAACAACAAUGCCAACAACAACUUAAUUAUCGCCCAGAGGACCGUGAAGCAGCUCCGGUUAGAGGCCAGUAUCCGGAGGAUCAAGGUGUCCCAGGCUGCUGCUGAGCUCAGGAACUUCUGUCUGCAAAAUGCCUCCAAGGACCCCCUCCUGGUCGGGGUGCCCUCCAGUGAUAAUCCCUUCAGACCCCCAAACUCCUGCUCCCUGUUCUGAGCAGAAAGAGAGGUGGAGGAUUUCUUAAUUUACCCAUGGAAGGCUUUCUUCACUUCUAUUUGAUAUCGCCACCGAUCGACCAGCAGCUCCUCUUGGGAUGAUGCAACAUGGGACUGAUGGCUUCAGGGGAGGGAGCUGCUCCAUUUGCCAAAUGUAAUGGUAUCAUAACUCCCAUCUGUUACAAUAAAGCAGGGCCAAACUCUACAUGUUUUUAAAUAAUGUUGUUGACUCUAACUUGACUAAUGAUUAAGCCAUUCUUGGUUUACUUGCAUGUCCGGUUUCAAUUAUUUCCUGACAUAAUGGUAUCUUUCUCCUGUCGGUGACAUUCAGCCCACGUGAUUGGCUACUGAGAGUGCAACUUCCUCUUGUAUUUUGUUUGGCAGGUCAAACGUUAAUUUAAAACCAGGUGCUGCUCAAGAAUCAGAAAAUGUGGUGUUUUUAAUACACACAGACUGUAUUGUAUUGUUGUGUGUGUGUGUGUGUACAAAAUAUUAACUGUGUAUGUGGCCAACAGACAAACUGGUAGCUUUUGAGCUAAAUUGAUUGGUGUCUUAAACAAUCCAUGUAUUUGUGGCAAUGGUAACGGUAUUACUACUAUUCGAAGGUACAGGGAUAUGAUACAGACUUUAUCCAUACCAGAGCAGGGCAUGCGCUUGUCCUUUUCAUUCAGUCUUUUUUCUGUAUAUAUUUAACAGCCUGUUAUGGUUGCUUUUGUCAGCCGAAAUGUUCCUGUCUUUAAUUAAAAAAUGUAAUUAUUUAAAAACACGUCAAGGCCUUAAACUGUUGGAUAGUGAAUCCUGGUAGCAAAUGUAAUGUAUAUCACUUUAGAUACACAAAUGGACAAACAGCAAAUGUUAAAUAUAUUGAUCUAUUUUCAAAACUUCCAAUUAUUGUUUGUAUUAAAUGAUCAUGAUGCAGUGACUUGUUGCAUUAAUUGUUCUCCACACUGGAAUCAUAUUCCAAUCAACCAAAACGUGUACUACUGUUAACCUUUAUCUUUCUUAACUUUGCUACUUCAGGCAACCUUUUAAAUAAUAAACUACUUUUCCUGAUACCGAUGAA